AUGGGCUGCCUGGGGGGGCAGACGGAGGAGGAGCGUCUGGACUGCACUGAAAGGAGAAGCCAACAAGAAGACUCCAAGAGGUGCUGCAGAAAGAGAGCCUACCAUUACACUUACCGCCUGCUGCUGCUGGGAGCAGGAGAGUCGGGUAAGAGCACCAUCGUGAAGCAGAUGAGGAUCCUUCAUGUUAACGGUUUCAACACUGAAGAGAAGCGGAUGAAGAUUCAAGACAUCAGGAAGAACGUGAAGGACGCCAUCGUGACCAUUGUGGCUGCCAUGUGUUCGUUGACUCCGCCCGUUCCUCUGGGUAACCCUGGCAACGAGUCCAGACUUGACUACAUCAAGAGCAUCGCACUGCUUUCUGACUUUGAAUACACAGAGAAACUGGCGGUGGGGAAGGCCGGAGAGGGGGCCAAUUGGAAACGGGCCAUUUCCCAACCUCCAAAAAGGGACAAGGGUUCCCCGGCUGCUCCAGAUACUGAUGAAGACCCUAAAGUGAUGAGAGCAAAGUUUUUCAUCAGAGACGAAUUUCUGAGGAUCAGCACAGCCAGUGGCGAUGGGAAGCAUUACUGCUAUCCUCACUUCACCUGCGCCAUCGACACGGAGAACAUCCGCCGCGUGUUCCAGGACUGUCGGGACAUCAUCCAGCGGAUGCACCUGCGGCAGUACGAGCUGCUCUGAUUGGCUGUGGGAGCUGGCCCCGCCCCCUGACAUGUAGCUCCAGCUGAUAGGCGAUCGACUCACGAUGUGAGAUAUUUAGCUUCUGGCCCGCGUCACGCUGACGUUGUGUCGGCUUAUUACCGCUGUGUGUUCCUCUCUCUGGUGCAGGGGAUUAUGGGUAGUGUAGUGCUGUAGACAAAGAGGGACUGUCGGGAGUAGGUGGUGUUAGAAAAAUUUAUUUUUAAUUUAAAUAUAUUUUCUCAUGUUUCUGAACUUAAUAUUAAUAUUGUUAUAUAACUUUAAGAACAACACUUUGAGUUCAGAGUGCUUUCCUCCACACUGAGGAGCCGAUGUCUGUGGCUGUUAGUUUAGCAGAAACAGAAACUUUGUGAUAUUAAAGAACUGUUGUCAGACGUUUGUUUGUGUGUCUCAUGAACAAACAUGGAGCUCAUGGACUGUGUGUAAACAUAUUAAAUAUAGAGUUGAUCCUUAA